AUGAAGACUUAUAUCCCGAUUCCCAACUUUUCCACGCCUCCUCCGGCCGAUGGACCACUAGAUCUGGGUCAUAUCCUCCAUGACCUGACCUACUCCAGCAUCGCCGCGCCCCUAAACAAGGAGGGCCAUGUUGCCAUCCCCGACCGCCUCCAGCCGGACAAGAAGGAGGGGUUCAACCUCAGUCGCAAGGAACUGCUGAGCGGAGAGUUUGGCAUCUUCGCCAAGUUCCUUGCCAUGUUCGGAGUCGGCGCCGAGGCCCCGUCGUCUUACGAGAAGAGUGCUGACGAUAUCCUGACCGUCGACGCCCUCGAGACCAUCACCUUCUCGCCGCAGAGAGAGUAUAUAGAGAAGAGCAUGAACGACUACAGAGUCAAGUCGCGGAUGAUGGCGUGCCAGUAUAGGGAGCCCGUCUUCAUGGUGACAGGGAUGAAGAUGGCACGUGGAGCCUCGCUGCAGAGCGACCUGCACGAGGUGGACGGGAAGUCGCCGUUCGGCUUCUGCAGCCCCCAGGGGGUUUCAGGCUUCGACAUACCCUUCGUUGGCGGCGGUGCAGGGAAUCAUGCAGGAAAGUCCCUUGACAAUUCGACCGACUUCAUACUCGCCCUCAGGCUCAAGAAGAUCUUCUACAGGGAGGGCAAAAUGCUGACGAAAGAGUACCACAAGGUAGCCACCAUCAUGGAUCAUAUCACUGGCGAGAUGUACAGCGCCGAGCUGGAGUCUAGUGAUGAUGAUGUUGGACUGCAGGAUGUGCCCUUUGGCAAUGACAUGGUCCUGGCCGGGGGCAAUACUCACGAUGAGGACGAGCUUUGCUACCUUGCGUUUCCUAAAGGUUUCUAG